AUGAAUAUAGGAUUGCAAGUGGAACUAAAUGCUGAAAAAUUUAAGGAUGUGAAAUUAGCAUUCGAAUUGUUUGAUAAGGAUAAAAGUGGUUUUUUGGACAGAAGCACUGCUCGUCAACUGAUGUUAUAUUUGGGUCACAAUUGCACUGAGGCAGAUCUUACAGAUAUGACGAAGGCCACUGAUCCCGAAAAAACAGAUCAAAUCUCACUCGAUGCCUUCAAAGAAUACUAUUUCAAAAACAUGCAUUUUGAAUUCACCGACGACGAAAUUAAGGAGGCAUUUAACCUGUUGGACCUGUCAGGACGAGGAUCUGUAUCAGGCGAUGACCUUGCCAGGAUGAAUCGAUUAUUCGGAAGUUUGUACACUGCUAAUGAAUUAGAAGAUAUGAUGAGUUCUGCGGACUUAGACGGCGACCACUUUUUGUCUUAUGAAGAAUUCGAACAAGUCAUGAUCGCUUAA